AUGAAGACGCUGAAGAGAAUGCAAAAGGCCUGCUUGGAAACGCACUUCCACAACAUCAAUCUUCGCCGCAAUAUUUCAUCCAAAUCUCUCUCCCUCGGCGUCCUUGCCAGCCAGCUCUUGUCGUCAACGGAGCCCGACCUGGAACGCUCUGCUAGCUCACUGAUAAUUGUGGACGACGUCAGCGUGCUAGCCUGUGACUUCAACAAUGAAAUGGUCCGCAAUAUCGCCGGGGAAAGCGACGAGGUGACUAUGGAGCGGGGCCAAAGCGGCCGAGAAGCUCCGGGUCUUGGAGGCGGGCGCGGCGGAGCUCAAGUUCAGAAGAAGCCUGCGAUUUCCACCUGGGGCUAA